ACAAUGCUUGCUCUCUGUUUCGUAUUCAUCAAUUCAACAGGAAGAUACCUUCGAAUCUUCUACUUUUCAUUUCUCAUCUUCAUUCAAUUCAACUAGCUCUCGCAAAACCAUUCAAAUUAUCAAAUACCCAUCUGCAUAUAUAAACACACACUUACACAUGCUUGAUUAAUUGUAGAAAUCAAAAGAAGAUGAGAGCUUUGAAUUCACAUGUUGUGCUUGUUGAUCUGAACGCAUCAUGGCAAUCGGUGAACCAGAUCCCAGCGUCGACUUUUGCUUACCUACAAAGUUCCAAAAUUCCAAGUUCGUUCUCGGCGGCAUUUCGUCGAACACGUCGAGGUAGGAUCUCCUCGACGAGGUCAUCGUCGGUUCCGUCCAUCCGAUCACCGGAAGUACGCAGGCCGAAAGAACGAUCAUCGUUUGGAAAUGGGCUGUUGUCCCCUUCCUCGAAUUCGACUUCGACGUCUCAAUCUCAAGUGGGAUCGGAGCUGGAGUUGUUUCUUGAAUUGGUGCCCUUAAGGAUGAGGACCAAGCUGUUUGAACAUUCAGAGAUUGGGGAUAUGAUCGAGGUUGUAAUGGAUUUGGGUAGACAGCCCCUUGCUAGAUUUCCAUCAGGAGAUUGGGCUAUUUCCGAUGAACCUGUCAACCUCGAAGAUCUACGUCAUGCAAUUUCAAAGGUUGGUGAAUUUUCUGAUGACAACCGAUCAGGCAUUGAUCAUUCUCUACACCGAAUAAGUGCCAUCCGCAACCGCAAAAGGCAAAUAAUCGGUCUCACCUGUCGGGUAGGUCGAGCUAUAUCUGGUAGUGCAGAUAUUAUACGUGAUCUGGUUGAAGGGGGAGGUUCCAUAUUGGUUAUAGGACCACCUGGAGUUGGCAAAACAACCUUAAUCAGAGAAAUCGCUAGAAUGUUGGCAGAUGAGCGAAAGAAACGUGUUGUCAUAAUAGAUACCUCCAACGAGAUAGGAGGUGAUGGGGAUGUUCCUCAUUCUGGUAUAGGCCGUGCAAGAAGGAUGCAAGUUCCGAAUGUUAACAUGCAACAUAAUGUGAUGAUUGAAGCAGUUGAAAAUCACAUGCCUCAGACUAUUAUAAUUGAUGAGAUUGGGACAGAGCUUGAGGCUUUGGCUGCUAGUACAAUUGCUCAGAGAGGAGUUCAGCUUGUUGCAACUGCACAUGGAGUAACAAUAGAAAGCAUAAUAAAAAACCCAUCUCUACAAAUCCUUGUUGGUGGCAUUGAGAGUGUUACUCUUGGCGAUGAUGAAGCAAGGAAACGGAAAGUGCAGAAAACUGUACUUGAGAGGAAAGGGCCUCCUACAUUUUCAUGUGCUGUUGAGAUGAUAUCUAGAACAGAGUGUUCUGUUCAUCAUAGAUUGGAUGCUACCGUUGAUGCUAUACUUGCAGGUAAAUCUCCUUUGUUUGAGAUCCGCCAUAUGGAUGCUGAAGCUGAAAGAUCUUUAGAUGGUUCUCAGCCGUCUGUUGAAGUAAAAGAGGUCGAGCUAUUGGACGAGGAGGAUGAAUUGGAUGAGGAAGACGAAUUGGAUGACGAUAUUUCAUCUUAUUUUGAAACAUUAACCCGUCAUGAAGAUAACAAGAUAGCUAAACAGGAGAAUGUACAUAUUACUUUAACACCAAAAAUGAACAAAUCAGAUAGCACCAAGCGGCUUUAUGAAGGCAUUAAGCAUGAGAUUGGGCCUGAUGGGGAAGAUGAAGAACAUUCUUCAAAUUUCAGAAAGUUAAGCACUAAACAACAAAGCAGGAAAAAAACCCCAGUUUAUGUCUAUACUUAUAAGAUAUUGGAAGCUGACCUACAACAAGUAGCAAUGGUGAUGGGGAUGACAGAGGAAAUUGAUGUAACUGAUGAUAUUAGUAAUGCUGAUGCUAUAUUAGCAUCCAGUUUUGAGAUGAAGGAGAAUCCCUGGAUACGCACUGUAGCCAAAUUUCACAAGUUGCCAGUAUUUGUUAUCAAGUCAACUACCAUGGCUCAAAUGGUAAAAGCAAUCCGCAUGAUUCUUGGGAGGGACUCAUUUGGCGCUAAGUCAAAACAACUCAGAAAAAGUUCAAUGGAUAUCGAGAUUGAAGAUGAUGUACCAAGAAGAAAACCAUCCUUAGAGGAAAUUGAUGCCUUAGAGGAAGUUCGACUUGCAAUCGAGUAUAUUGUGAUUCCUAGUGGGGAACCAGUUGAACUUCUGCCGAGAUGCUCCGAGAUAAUCGCUCAACAACUGGAGCUUGUAAAAAGUUAUCAGCUGGCAGUAGAAAACUCGGGCACAGACCGUAACCCAAGGCUGCAGAUUCUUCCCCAGAAGUUGAACAAGAAAUCAGAAAAACAGUCGAAACCAAGCUCGGUUUCGCAAAGCAGCACAGGGCCUGGUGGUGUUGCAGGUACAAGUGUUGGUAGGCUGCCAUUUUUGCCUGAAUAGAAAAGAAAAGGAUGGGGUCUCUAAUUUGAUGAUAACUUGUUUCAUAUUGUACAGUCAUUUAAAGUAUGACCUUUCUGUGUGAUCCAAGAUUUGUAUGUAAACCCAUUGCUUGUUUGUAAUUGUAAUUGUAAUUGUAAUUGUAGUUGUAAUUAUGUAAUGUAAACAAUUAUACUCUUGCAUUGUUGUUAUAAAAUGUACAAAGUUACAC